CCUCCUUCUCUUCCGCCAUGUUCAGGAACACCUACGACUCUGAUAACACCGUCUUCUCUCCCCAAGGUCGCCUGCACCAAGUCGAGUAUGCUCUCGAGGCCGUGAAGCAGGGUUCCGCCGCCGUGGGCUUGCGGUCAAAGACACACGCAAUCCUCCUGGCUCUGAAGCGUUCGUUCGGCGAGCUCGCGUCCUACCAGCAGAAGAUGUACCGAAUAGAUGAUCAUGUCGGCAUUGCGAUUGCUGGUCUGACCUCCGACGCGCGUGUAUUGAGCAACUUCAUGAGGCAACAAGCCAUGUCCUCCCGCAUGCUCUUCAACCGCCCCGCACCUGUGAACCGACUCGUUGCAGCAAUCGCGGACAAGGCGCAAAUCAAUACCCAGGAAUAUGGUCGCCGCCCAUACGGUGUCGGUUUGCUCGUGAUCGGGCAGGACAAGCAGGGUCCCCACCUCUACGAGUUUUCACCAUCAGGCAACUCGUAUGAAUACUACGCCAUCUCCAUCGGCGCGAGGUCACAAAGCGCGAAGACGUACCUAGAGAAGCACUACGAGACCUUCGCGGACUGCACAUUGGAGGAGCUCAUCAAGCAUGGCCUGCAUGCCCUACGCGAGACUCUUCAGCAAGACAAAGAGCUCACGAUCAACAACACCUCGAUCGGCAUCAUCGGGCCUGGUGGCGCACACGAAACCGACGUCACCCUCGAGGGUGACUUCCGCAUACUGGAGGGGGAGGUCAUCGAGGUCUACCUGCAGAGCAUGACCCCGAAGGAGACCGGGGAGGCGCCGCACCAGCCGCCUCCAGCGGGUGAGGUGCCUGCAGCCGGCGCGUCGACGACGGCCGACGAGGAUGUGCAGAUGGAGGACUGAGGUGGAACGCUGAAUGUAUUGUAAAACUAGUCGUUCCGGAGACGUGCAAUGUUGUCAUAUCGCUCACUGCCUUUGGAUCGGG